AAGUCUUUGCAUUUUGCGCUCCUGCCCUUGGUUUUUUGUGCGCACUGGAUGUUGCGCCACGCUGCGUAGUGGUGGCCAGUUGGCAUGAGAGUGAUUGCUUUACAGAUCAUCACGGUUUUCAGUGGCAGGAACCCGGAGUGAUGAGUGCGCUCCUCGUUUUUCUCUUUGGCUAAAACGUCUCCAAAAAAAAAAUGCCGUUUAUCGCUUUUGCCAGAUGAUACCUGUUGAGUUUGCAUCGCGCCAUGUCCUUCUGUCGGACUAAAGUGGACAAUGAAGUUAUGGGAUAGCCUGACCACUUGUUUGAUACUGCUGAGCGCCGUGCACGCCAGCCCGCUGCUCCAGAACCGACGACAGCAGCCCCCGUCCAGCAGGAGGAGAGGGCGCGCCGCGGAGGGUCCCCUGGAGCUCCCGCCGGUCCAAACCCGUCUGUCUGCUACCUCCCCGGGAAUCAGCAGCACCGAGCCUGCAGGCAGAGAGCAGAGGUUUGCAGGAGGAGACCAAGACAGCAUGGAGGAGCUCCUCCCAAGUGACUUUGAAGAUGUGGUGGACUUCAUAAAAGUAACCAUCAGCAGGAUACGUCGCUCCACCGCGCCUGCCGCGUCCUCAUCUACCUCCUCCUCCACCACCAUCGCCAUCACCACCCCUUCUACCCCCAGAGAAGACUUGAGCAGCAGGACUCGCCGCAGAAGGGAGAGGAAGAAGGGGGCAAGCCAGGAGAGUAGUAAAGGUGGAAAAAGAGGAGGAGCCAGAGGGGGGGACACGGGCCGGAGGACUAGAGGAGGAGGAGGUGGUGGGCGAGGACAGGGAUGUGUGCUCAAACAGAUCCACCUCAACGUGUCCGACCUGGGCCUGGGCUACCGCUCCAGCGAGGAAAUGAUAUUCAGGUACUGCUCCGGACCCUGCAGGAAGUCCGAGACCAACUACGACAAAAUCCUUUACAACCUCGUUCACAACAGGAAGCUUCCGGCAAAAGACACGCCCCCUCAGGCCUGCUGUCGGCCAACAGCGUUCGACGACGACCUGUCGUUUCUGGACGACAGCCUGGUUUACCACACCGUCAGGAAGCACUCGGCCAGGAAAUGCGGUUGUGUGUAG